GCGUGCCUCCGUACGUGCGUGCGUACGUGUGUACGUCCAUGCGUUCACCCCGGAAAUAAGGGGCGUCAGCGCUUGUGGACGCGGCCACGUGUCACCGGUCCCGGUUCCCCGAGGCGGACGACCGUCCUACCCGGUGGCCGCAGCCGGGCCGUCCCAGCGCGCCCGCGACUCGCCCCGCCCGCAAGGAGCCAGGACCCGCCGCGCCCGCGGACGGUGAAGACGCCCAGACAAGUGGAAGAGUGUUUUCUCCUCUGGCCGCCAAGCAGGCACCCUCUGCAUCGAGAGCCGCGUGAGGCCGUGGGAGCUCUGGGAGAUGAAGUUCGGCUGCCUGUCCUUCCGGCAGCCUCAUGCGGGUUUCGUCUUAAAUGGGGUGAAGACGCUGGAGACGCGGUGGCGGCCCGUGCUCAGCGGCCACCGGCACCGCACCCUGGCCGUCCACAUCGCGCGCAGGGACUGGGAGGACACGGCCUGGAGGGAGCUGCUGGCCGAGAGGCUGGGGAUGAGCCCCGCGCAGAUCCAGGCCUUGCUGCGGGACGGGGAGAAGUUCGGCCGCGGAGUGAUAGCCGGGCUGGUUGACAUUGGGGACACUUUGCUGUGCCCAGAAAACUUAGGUCCCAACGAGGCUGCGGAGCUGGAGAAUCAAGCCCUGCUGCCCAACCUGCGGCAGAAGUACCUGACGGCGCUUGCCAACCCCCGCUGGCUGCUGCAGCCUGUCCCCAGGAGAGGCGGGAAGGACGUCUUCCAGGUGGACAUCCCCGAGCACCUGAUCCCCUUUGGGCAGGAGGCCUGACCAGACUGGGCUCUCGAGAGGAAGGUGACCGAGAGAGCAGCUCAUCGUGCCACCGUCCACUCGCCUUCACGCCCUGGACGUGCACGUCUGGUUCGGUCUGAGUCGGCCCUGCCCUGGGGAGCGCUGCCCGCUCCGUGCUGUUCACGGAAGCAGACGUGCCCACCUGGUGCAGGGACAGGGCUUGGGACUCUCCUCGUGCGAUGCCGCUCUGGGCUCAGCGACAGAGUCUCGAGGACUUUGACCUUUAGGAAAAGAUGGCAGUGCCACUCGUUUUGGCCCUACUGAUUCUGGGUGGUUGAGAGAAAUGUGUUUUGAGAGGACCGGUUAGCGUUUUCCCCUCUUUGUCCUGGUCAGAACUCCCAGAUGUUUGGACCGCGUGUGGGGAACGAACGAUGGGGGAAGGCCGGUGGCGGGCCUCGUGCACGUGGGAGAGGACCGCAGGCCCAGAAACAGGGCGCGGUCUGUCCUUGCAGGUGACCCUGGCCCUGUUGUAAAGUGUCCCUUGGCUCA